AUGAAGAAGCAAAUCGGAGACUCGGAGGCGGCCGAAUUCUUUACUCACCGUCUAGACUUGCAGGUGGUGGGUGAUUGUUUGUACCACGGAGAUCGACCUGUCAUCCCACCCAAGCUGCGCCGGAAGCUGUUGGAAGAGCUUCACGAUGGACAUCCGGGGGCGUCUCGCAUGCAAGCACUCGCACGAAUACAAUGUUUCUGGCCGGGAAUCAAUCAGCAAAUCAAUUCAUUUGUACAACGAUGCGGUAGGUGCGCAAUAAAUGCUAAGACACCAAGGAAGGAGACGCUACACCCGUGGCCGCAACCGAGUCGCUCAUGGGAACGUCUUCACAUCGACUUCGCUGGGCCGAUGGACGGAGAUGUCUUUUUGGUGGUCGUGGAUGCGUUCAGCAAUUGGCCAGAGAUAGUCCGGAUGCGCUGCACAACGGCGAACAAGACGGUGGAGGUGCUCGAGGAGAUUUUUGCGCGUUGGGGUCCCUGUAAAACAAUCGUCUCAGACAAUGGCCCACAAUUUGUAUCAAGUACCUUCAAGGAGUUUUGCAAACGUUACGCGAUCGAGCACAUUACGUCGGCACCGUACCAUCCUCAGUCAAACGGUAGAGCCGAACGUUUUGUUGAUAUCAUGAAGACAGGAAUGAAAAAGCUGGAAGGAGAAGGCAACACUGACGAGAAAUUGCGUUCGUUCUUGGCGAAUUACCGCAGAACUCCAUCAUACGCGGUGGAAGGCAAAUCUCCAUUUGAGCUGAUGACGGGUAGGAAGAUGCCAACAAGACUCGACCAUCUUCAAGCAGGAGCGAUGAAGAAAUGGGAACCGUCAAAGAGGAUUGCGAACAUGGCGCAGCAGUUUGCUCGUCAUCACGGAGCGAAGCAUCGAACGUUUGAGCAGAACGAACCAAUCUACUAUCAGAUGUAUCAAAACAAUGUGUGGACAUGGAGGGCUGGAACGAUCGUCAGGCAACUCGGAGCGGCCAACUACGAAAUCAAGAUCGGAGACCGAGUGAUUAAAGCGCAUACGAAUCAACUGAAGCGACGUUUUGUCAACGACACGAACGAUCAAUCGCCCGACUACCCCAGUUCAGCCAUCAGCAACCCCUACGUCCCUCAAGGACCACCAGUAGACGAAACAGGACUCGAGGACGCGACAAGGCAGAGUGACGACUCAGCAGAGGACUCCUUCCAUAGUCUCACGAGCCAGUCAGAACAAGAAGACGAGGAAGAACAGCUACCAACUCCCCCACAACCGAGCGAGGGCAGACCUCGGCGAGCGACAAGACCGCCGACAUAUCUCAAGGAUUAUAUACUCAGCGUGUUGGCGGAGCGGCAGGAGCACGAAAGAGGGACGACGGAAAAUUCUUCAGAUUUCAUACUUUAA